CUGGCUUGCCUUCCGCAUACAAAAAAAAAUAUGCUUACAAGCCUCAGCUGUGGCUCAAACUACAAACAACAUUCGAAAGUUUUAAAUAUGAUUAUUAAAUGAAGAGUUAAUAGUAUAUAGGAAACUGUAAUCUCAUAUAAAGAUUCAGGCUAUUAAGAGAGGUUACGUCUAUCGCCAAACUAUGGAGAACAUUGAGACUGCAGCAUUCUCAGACCAGAUAACUGCGUUUAGCAUUGUAAUGACUGCAAUUUCAGCAUUUAUGCGAUUCAUUACGAUCCUGAUGAACUGGUAUCUGGCGUUUGAAUAUUGGAAAACGGAAUCGUAUACCUAUUGCCACUGGACAAUUUCAUCAAUAUUAUUACCUAUGAUUUUAACGACGCUAAUAUAUUCAAAUGUACUAAUCGUUAGUAACCUGGGCAAAAAGCCCGUCAUCUGUGCGGACCUAUUUUGGAAACUUGUACUCUCGUAUUUGUUUCGAGAUGCAACUACCUUGAACUGGACAUUGAAGUAUAAUGAGGCUAAAAAGCGCGGCGACAAGGUUGCUCAAAUUGAAUGUUAUCACAGAUAUUUAAAGGAAGAAUGUAACGUGGGUUUCAUAAGACUCUUCGAUUCAUUUCUAGAAUCUGCUCCCCAAAAAGUUUUGCAGCUUGCUAUUGUAUUGCGAUAUAUCAAGAGUUUAACGUAUCUACGUGCCCUGACCUUUUUAAUAUAUUUCAUAAGCAUCGCUUGGUGUUUGGUGGCCUAUAACCGAUCGAAUCGCUUGGUUCAGCUAGACAAGUACGAUAUAGAAACAAAAGGACUUGUCGUACAGUUCUGUUUUCUACUCAGUUUUACAGCAUCCCGCACUAUUUGUAUCGCAUACAUGGCCAGUAUAUUUCCUAUGGAAACUUUUGCGGCUUGUAUUCUACAUAUACUAUUGUGUGGCACUGUAGUCUUCAUUGUGGACACGCCGAAGUUUGGAAGAUCUCAGAUUUUGAAUUACAUAUUGUGCCUUACAUUUGGAGCGGUAUAUAUAUUCAUAUUUACACCUGUUUCAGAUGGACCAACAAAGUAUAAGUAUAUCAUUUAUUUAUCGUUAUGUUUUCUACAAAAUCUAUUCACUUGUAUUAUUUGGAUUCCCUUAUAUCUAGCCAUAUUGAUAAACGGGUUUUUUAUAAUGGGCAUUGCUCUUAUGAUUUACUAUUAUUUGAAAUGCCAUCCAGGAAUAACGUCUGCUGUAUUUUAAUAGUUAAUACAGUGCAAAAUAAAAUU